GGGCGAUGACGUAGAGGGACGUGCCCUCUAUAUGAGGUUGGGGAGCGGCUGAGUCGGCCUUUUCCGCCCGCUCCCCCCUCCCCCCGAGCGCCGCUCCGGCUGCACCGCGCUCGCUCCGAGUUUCAGGCUCGUGCUAAGCUAGCGCCGUCGUCGUCUCCCUUCAGUCGCCAUCAUGAUUAUCUACCGGGACCUCAUCAGCCACGAUGAGAUGUUCUCCGACAUCUACAAGAUCCGGGAGAUCGCGGACGGGUUGUGCCUGGAGGUGGAGGGGAAGAUGGUCAGUAGGACAGAAGGUAACAUUGAUGACUCGCUCAUUGGUGGAAAUGCCUCCGCUGAAGGCCCCGAGGGCGAAGGUACCGAAAGCACAGUAAUCACUGGUGUCGAUAUUGUCAUGAACCAUCACCUGCAGGAAACAAGUUUCACAAAAGAAGCCUACAAGAAGUACAUCAAAGAUUACAUGAAAUCAAUCAAAGGGAAACUUGAAGAACAGAGACCAGAAAGAGUAAAACCUUUUAUGACAGGGGCUGCAGAACAAAUCAAGCACAUCCUUGCUAAUUUCAAAAACUACCAGUUCUUUAUUGGUGAAAACAUGAAUCCAGAUGGCAUGGUUGCUCUAUUGGACUACCGUGAGGAUGGUGUGACCCCAUAUAUGAUUUUCUUUAAGGAUGGUUUAGAAAUGGAAAAAUGUGUAAGUACAAGGAAGUGGGUUAAAAUAAAUAAUGUAAAAAAAUAUUUUAGAUGUGAUUUGCAAUUGUUUUGUGACACUGAGAAUGAGUUUUACAGCGUUCUGAAACAUGGUUUUAGUUUUCUCUUUGGGGAUCAAGAGAAUUGUGUUUCAUAUGUAAAAGAUUCUUAGGGUAUAAAAAGGCUUAGAAUCUUAUUUGUGGAAAACGUUGAGUGCAGAUGGGGCAUAAUAAAGUACAGUUUAGGCUGGGUGUGGUGGCUCACACCUGUAAUUUCAGCACUUGGGAGGCCGAGGUGGGUGCAUCACCUGAGGUUGGGAGUUCGAGACCAGCCUGGCCAACAUGGCGAAACCCUAUCUCUGCUAAAAAUACAAAAAUUAGCCAGGCAUGGCAGCGGGCACCUGUAAUCCCAGCUAAUCGAGAGCCUGAGGCAGGAAAAUCACUUAAACCUGGGAGGGGGGUUGCAGUGAGCAGAGAUCCCACCACUGCACUCUAUCCUGGGCGACAGAGUGAGGUGCUGUCUCAAAAAAAUACAGUAGAGUUUAAAUGCUGAAAGAGAUCAGAGAACACCAUUGAUCUUCCUCUAGAUAUGGCCUCACUUUCACUUCAUAAUCAUAUUUUGCUGUAUACAUAUGGAUCAGUAUCAGUGGUUUUCACUUUGGUUUACUGAUAAUGGGCAGCUGAUCAUUGAAAAGCCUAGUGCAGUACUAGCUUUUAGUAAAUAGAGCUGAUUGCUGAACUGGUAUGCAAAUUGUUUUACUAAUAAUAAAUAACUCGGUGUCUUCUAUGGAAGGAACUGCUGGAAGCUGUACAGCAACAAAGGCAUUCAUUAUCCUAGUUUUCAUAGGCUUCUGUAUAAGGAAGAAGAUAAACAUAAAGCUAUACUGAACAAGGAAGAUUAGAGUCAAUAGUAGACAGAAAUUACUUAGAACAGUAUAAGAUGACUUACCAAAGGGGUUAUUCAGACAGUAUCUGAGGUUUUUGUUGGUAGAGCAGGGUGUGGGUGGUACAUGCCACAGCCUUCUGAAAAAUGAGCUACCGCUGAUUUGGUAAGGGUGUUCUGCAUCCACUGAUAGACCUUGAACAAUUUACUGUUGUUCUUUUGGUUUGCACUAGGAUGCAAAAGAAAGAAAUCCCUGCGCUUUCUGUCUGUCUUUGUGGCGGCCCAGAUUGAAUUGGGGAAUACAUCUUUAGCCUAGAAAUGUAGGCUGCAUGUUAAUGGUAAUGUAACUUUUGCAGUGUAAUGUUUGAAAAAUAUUAAUGUAGUUUUUGCUUUUACAGUAACAAAUUUGGCAAUUAUUUUGGAUCUAUCACCUGUCAUCAUAACUGGCUUCUGCUUGUCUUCCACACAACACCAGGACUUAAGACAAAUGGGACUGAUGUCAUCUUGAGCUCUUCAUUUAUUUUGACUGUGAUUUAUUUGGAGUGGAGGCAUUGUUUUUAAGAAAAACAUGUCAUGUAGGUUGUCUAAAAAUAAAAUGCAUUUAAACUCAUUUGAGAGAAUGCCUUUUAGUUUAAUGCAUAUUUAAACUAAAUUGAUCCUGUAGUGUUCCUGGAGAAGCUAGAGCCUGAUUGUAGGCUACUACUCAUCAAUUAACUUCUACAGUGGAGACUACUUCUGGGACUGGAAUAUAAAAAAGAAUCAAAGGUUCUGAUUUUGAGUUGCAAUAAAGGGAAAGACCAUGCUCAUAGCAGUGCCAACAUCUGAAGUGUGGAGCCUUACCCAUUUCAUCACCUACAACGGAAGUAGUUAACUGGAAGAGAUUACCAAGAGAAUAAAAAGAGACUCAUUCAGCGGAA